CAGUUCUGAUCUGCUUUUUAAGAAAAGUGGUAGUGCUUUUCACAGUGCCAGACGGAACUGUAUCAGAAGGUGAGGCUUAAGCUCACAGAAUCCAGAGAAAUCAUGAAGUUAUAUGUAUUUCUGGUUAACAUUGGAACUACUCUAACAUUUGACACUGAACUUACAGUGCAAACUGUGGCAGACCUUAAACAUGCCAUUCAAAGCAAAUACAAGGGUGCUAUUCAGCAUCAGGUGCUGGUGGUCAAUGGAGGAGAAUGCAUGUCUGCAGAUGGAAGAGUAUGCACCUAUAGCGCUGGGACGGACACAAAUCCAAUUUUUCUAUUUAACAAAGAAAUGAUCUUAUGUGAUCAUGCGCCUGAUAUUCCUAAAACUACAUUUUCAACAGAAAAUGACAUGGAAAUAAAAGUUGAAGAAUCUCUUAUGAUGGCUGCAGUUUUUCACACUGUUGCUUCAAGGACACAACUUGCUGUGGAAAUGUAUGAAGUUGCCAAGAAACUUUGUUCUUUUUGUGAAGGUCUUGUCCAUGAUGAACAUCUUCAACACCAAGGCUGGGCUGCAAUCAUGGCCAAUCUGGAGGACUGUUCAAAUUCAUGUCAAAAGCUACUUUUCAAGUUUGAAAGUAUUUAUUCAAAUUAUCUGCAAUCCAUAGAAGACAUCAAGUUAAAACUUACUCAUUUAGGAACUGCGGUUUCAGUAAUGGCCAAGAUUCCAUUGUUGGAGUGCCUAACCAGACACAGUUACAGGGAAUGUUUGGGAAGACUGGAUUCUUUAAAUGAACUCGAAGGCUCAGAAAAGGCUGAGAUGAAACAAUCCACUGAACUGGUGCUCUCUCCUGAUAUGCCUAGAACAACUAAUACAUCCUUGUUAACCUCAUUUCACAAGUCAGUGGAACAUGUAGCCCCAGAUACUACGGAUGCUAAGAGUGGCAAAGAAAUUAGGGAAUCUAAUCAAAGUACUGUACAGCAAGAUGAAACUUCAGUAGAUGCUAAAGACAGUGAUCUACCUUUUUUUAAUGUUUCUUUGUUAGACUGGAUAAAUGUUCAAGAUAGACCUAAUGAUGUGGAAUCUUUGGUCAGAAAGUGCUUUGAUUCUAUGAGCAGGCUUGAUCCAAAGAUUAUCAGACCAUUUAUAGUAGAAUGCCAUCAAACUAUUGCCAAACUUGAUGAUCAGAAUAUGAAAGCCAUUAGAGGGCUUGAAGAUCGGCUAUAUGCCCUGGACCAGAUGACUGCCAGCUGUGGCCAGCUGGUGAAUGAACAGAAAGAGCUCGCUCAGGGGUUUUUAGCUAAUCAGAUGAAAGCUGAAAAUUUGAAGGAUGCAUCUGUAUUACCUGAUUUGUGCCUGAGUCAUGCAAAUCAGUUGAUGAUUAUGUUGCAAAAUCAUAGAAAACUACUGGAUAUUAAACAGAAGUGUACCACUGCCAAACAAGAACUAGCAAAUAAUCUACAUGUCAGAUUGAGGUGUUGCUUUGUGAUGCUUCAUGCUGAUCAAGAUGGAGAAAAAUUGCAAGCUUUACUCCGCCUCGUAAUAGAGCUGUUAGAAAGAGUCAAAAUUGUUGAAGCCCUUAGCACUGUUCCUCAGAUGUAUUGCUUAGCUGUUGUUGAGGUUGUAAGGAGAAAAAUGUUCAUUAAACACUACAGGGAGUGGGCUGGUGCUUUAGUCAAAGAUGGAAAGCGAUUAUAUGAAGCAGAAAAGUCUAAAAGGGAAUCCUUUGGGAAAGUAUUUAAAAAUUCCUUUUUAAGAAAUCGUCUAUUUAGGGGACUGGACUCCUGGCCACCUUCCUUUUGUACUCAGAAGCCUCGAAAGUUUGACUGUAAACUUCCAGAUAUUUCAUUAAAAGAUUUACAGUUUCUGCAAUCAUUUUGUCCUUCUGAAGUUCAGCCAUUCCUCAGGGUUCCCUUACUUUUUGACUUUCAACCUCUACACCAGCAUGUACUUGCCCUACAAAAUUUGGUAAAAGCAGCACAAAGUUUGGAUGAAAUGUCGCAGACCAUUAUAGAUCUCCUGAAUGAACAAAAGGCAUCCAUGAGUCAAGCAUCCCCUCAGUCAGCUUCUUCCCCAAGGAAAGAAAAUGCAGCAGGAAUUACAACUACUACCUCGCCAAGAACUCCCCCUCCACUCAUUGUUCAGGGUCCCUUGUGUCCUGCAGUUUGUCCCUUAGAAGAAUUAUCUCCAGAUAGCAUUGAUGCACAUACAUUUGAUUUUGAAACUAUACCCCAUCCAAACACUGAAUAAACUAUUCACCAAGUUUCUUUAGACUUAGAUUCAUUAGCAGAAAGUCCUGAGUCAGAUUUUAUGUCUGCUGUGAAUGAGUUUGUGAUAGAAGAAAAUUUAUCAUCUCCUAAUCCUGUAAGUGAUCCCCAAAGUCCAGAAAUGAUGGUGGAAUUACUUUAUUCAUCAGUUAUCAAUGCGAUAGAUAGCAGACGUAUGCAAGAUACAAAUACAUGUGGUAAAGAGGAUUUUGGAGAUCAUGCUUCUCUGAGUGUCCAGUUGGAAAAAUGUAGAGUUGUUGCCCAAGAUUCUCAUUUCAGUAUACAAACCAUUAAGGAAGAUCUUUGCCAUUUCAAAACAUUUGUACAAAAAGAACAAUGUGGCUUCUCAAAUUCUUCAAAAUGAGAGAUAGAAAUAAGAAGCAUUAUUAAAAAAGUAAAAUGUUCCCUGGAAAUAACACUAAAAGAAAAGCAUCAAAAAGAACUACAGUCUUUGAAAACUGAAUAUGAAGUAAAAAUCAAUGUAUUAAUUAAGGAGAGUGAAGAAAAUGAAAACAAAAUUAAAAAAUUGAAAGGAGACUUGGUAUACCUUGAGGAAGUAUUACAAAAUAAAGAUAAUGAAUUUGCUUUGGUUAAACAUGAAAAAGAAGCUGUCAUCUGCCUGCAGAAUGAAAAGGAUCAGAAGUUGUUGGAGAUGGAAAACAUAAUGCAUACUCAAUAUUGCGAAAUUAGCGAACUGAAGCAGUCACGAGAGGUUGUGUUAGAAGACUUAAAAAAGCUUCAUGUUGAAAAUGAUGAGAAGAUCGAGUUAUUGAGGGCAGAACUUCAGUGUUUAGAGCAAAGCCACCUAAAGGAAUUAGAGGACACAUUGCAUGUCAGGCACACACGGGAGUUUGAGAAAGUUAUGACAGACCACACAAUUUCUUUGGAGAAAUUAAAACAGGAAAAUCAACAAAGAAUUGAUCAGCUACAAGAAUCUCAGGCCAUAGCUAUCCAUGAAAAAGAACAGCAGCUGCAGGAAUUAAAACUCAAGGUUUCUGAUUUGUCAGACAUGAGGUGUAAGUUAGAGGUUGAGCUUGCAUUGAAGGAAGCAGAAACUGAUGAAAUAAAAAUGUUGCUGGAAGAAAGCAGAAUGCAGCAGAAAGAAACAUUGAAAUCUCUUCUUGAAAAAGAAAUGGAGAACCUGAGAACAGAGAUAAGUCAAUUAAACCAAAAGAUUCACGAUAAUAAUGAAAAUUAUCAGGUGGGCUUAAGCGAGCUAAGAAUUUUAAUGACAAUUAAAAAGGAUCAGUGCAUUUCAGAGUUAAUUAGUAGACACGAAGAAGAAUCCAGCAUACUUAAAGCUGAAUGAGACAGAGUAACAUCUUUGCAUCACCAAACAUUUGAAAUAGAAAAAAACUUAAAAGAACAAAUAGUUGAACUGCAGAAUAAACUGGAUUCAGAAUUGUGUGUUCUUGAAAAACAAAAAGAUGAAAAAAUCACCCAACAAGAAGAGAAAUAUGAAGCAAUUAUACAGAACUUUGAGGAGGACAAAGAGAAAUUGGUUAUGAGCCAUGAGCAAGAGAGAGAACAGUUAAUUCAGAACCUUAAUUGUGAAAAAGAUGAAGCUAUUCAGACUCAAAUAGCAAAAAGUCCUGUCAUUGAAUCUACCAGAGAAGAUUCUUCAAGCUUAGUUGCUGAACUUCAAGAAAAGCUUCAGGAAGAAAAAGCUAAGUUUCUGGAACAACUUGAAGAGCAAGAGAAGAGAAAGAAUGAAGAAAUGCAAAAUGUCUGAACAUCUUAGAUUGCUGAACAACAGAUUGAUUUCAAUACUGUUUUAACAAGAGAGAAAAUGAGAAAAGAAAACAUAAUAAAUGAUCUUAAUGACAAAUUGAAGAGUACAAUGCAACAACAAGAAAGGGAUAAAGAUUUGAUAGAAUCACUUUCUGAAGAUACAGCUCGUUUGCUUGAGGAAAAAAAGAAGCUUGAAGAAGUCAGUAAGUUGCAUAGCAGCACUUUUGUUCCUUCACCAUAUGUAACUGCAGCCCCAGAACUUUAUGGAGCCUGUGCACCUGGAUCCCCAAGUGAAGGAGAUAGAUCAGCCUUGGAGACAGCAGAUGAAAGAAAAGUGGAUUCAGCAAUGGAAACAAGCAUGAUGUCUGUCCAGGAAAAUGUCCAUAUGCUUUCUGAAGAAAAACAGAGGAUAAUGCUCUUAGAAAGAACAUUGCAGUUGAAAGAGGAAGAAAAUAAGAGGUUAAAUCAACGACUGAUGUCUCAGAGCAUGUCUUCAGUAUCUUCAAGGCAUUCUGAAAAGAUAGCAAUUAGAGAUUUUCAGGUGGGAGAUUUGGUACUCAUCAUCCUAGAUGAACGCCACGACAAUUAUGUACUAUUUACUAUUAGUCCUACUUUAUAUUUUUUGCAUUCAGAGUCUCUGCCUGCCCUGGAUCUCAAACCAGGUGAGGGUCCUUCAGGUGCAUCUAGAAGACCCUGGGUGCUUGGAAAAGUAAUGGAAAAGGAUAGUCAAGCCAAAAAGGCACAAAACAGAUUUAAAGUUCCUUUGGGGACAAAGUUUUACAGAGUGAAAGCUGUGUCAUGGAAUAAGAAAGUAUAACCUAUGGAAGAAAUUACUACAUUUUAUGUCAUUUUCUGACUUGUCCUACAUUGCUCAGUAAUCCCCUCAAAAACAGCAGGUCAUCUUUUUAUACA